GUUUGUCCCUUGAGGGUGUGUGUGCGCGCGCGAGCCUGUCUCAGCUAUCUUCGACUUGCAACGGGCGUCCGAGCCAGUCCGACCUAAAAAAGAAGAGAGGGAGAGGAAAAAAAAAAAAAAGGAACCACAAAUAUUUCGAGUGUCUUUACAAUGUUCCCGACGAUAUUCUUACGUGGUCUGCUUUGAUACCAUCGAAGUUGCCGUGUCUGUAGACGUCGGCUACAGAAAGCGGAGCAGAAAUUAAUGCGGCUAGCUUCGCGUUCCUGUUUGUUUUGACCUGCGUAGCUAGAAGGGAAUCCUGCUCGAGGGAUUCGCGUUUCGUCAAUGAGGAACUACCGGCUCAUCUUCUGCCACAACCUGAAGCAGCCAUAGAUGGUUCAGUGGUUCACUGGCUAGAGGAGGAGAGGACAGGACACACUUUCACGUGCUACACGACGUUAAGUUUUGGCGGGGUUGUGGUGAGGAGGAGUCGGCGGRGGUGGUGGAGGAGGAGGAGGCCAUGAGGAAGAGCGUGUCUCCGUUGCCAGGCAACGAGGGCGGGAGCUCCGCCAGCACCACUCGGGUUUUUGGCGUCCCUUUGGAGGAGGUUUCACGCACGCACACGGUCAGCGGCCACGAGGUUCCCGCGUUGGUGAAGCACAUCGUUGACUUCAURGAGGAGCACGGUAAUUUGGACUUUGAAGGGCUCUUCCUGGUUAAUGGCAAUGCAGAGCGAGUAGACUGGCUGCGUCAGCGCUACGACAACGGUGAGGAGGUGGAGCUAGAGAAGGAGGCCGAUCUGGCUUCAGCGGUCAGUUUGCUUCGACUCUUCCUGCAGGAACUUCCAGAGCCCAUCAUCCCAACAGCUCUACAAGGACACAUACUACAGCUACACCAAGAUCACAGCAAUGAGGAAGAGRUGUGCAGAAACCUAAAAUAUGUGCUGCAGCAGCUUCCCCAGUUGAACUACAGUCUGUUACGCUUCCUGUGCCGCUUCCUGUCCAGCGUGGCAUCACUUCAGCCGGAGAGCUGGAACGUCACGGCGCUGGCUGCCGUCUUCGGACCAGAUAUCUUCCAUCUGUCGGCUGAAAGAGAAGACCUCCGAGAUCAGGAGUCUGUCAGCAGAGUCCUAGCAGAGCUGUUGGACAAUCAGGAGGGCCUGUUUGACUCAGAGGAUGAUGAUGUGUCCACCACCAACGAUUACAGCUCCAUCAAUGAACAGAUCACAGAGCUGUUGGAUGAUGAGAGGUGUGAAGCUGAAUGUGAAGAUCUGCCUCAAGACGGGGAGGAAGAACCUGCAACCUGUGACUCGCCAAAACACACYCACGUCGAUGACAGCCCCAACCCCAGCUCCCACGUCUCCCCUAUAUCCAUCCUGCCUGCUGAUUCUGCUGAGAUAAUUCAGAGAACCAUCAGGGCUGCAGUGGAGCAGCACUUCUUUGAGCUGAAAACCUCCAUCAACCAGGAUCUCAGUAGUUAUGGUGYCCAAGGGGUGAGUCCGUCUGAGGCUGAAGAGCAGGUUUGCCAUGGAGACGUGGAGCAACACGUUGAACCAGAGGACAGCCCCUGUGACACAGAAAGGGAGACCCCGCCUGAACGGACUGAACAGGAGUUUCAACAAAGUCAGCCAAACCCACAGAGCUUUCUCGACACCCUGGAGGAGAGCUCAGGAAUGGACCUGGACGCAGAGACCGUCAGAGAUAAUGAGAACAAUCUUAACACUGCCAGGCAGGACAAUCAGAACCUCGACACCAUGGAACAGACUGUCACCAUAAACUAUCUUCAGGACUCUGAUCCAUUCGGCUGCGAUCACAACGCCAACACCAGCGAGACCAACAGGAACCAUCUGUCGCCAUGCCAAUCAAACUCUGGCCCCCACSUCCAGCUUUUCCCUGACAACCAGUGGGAAGCGUCACCCCCUUCCCAUCUCCACCUCCCCUCCAUCGACUUCUCAUGUAUGCAUCUGCAAAAAGAAGGUCAGGAUCCUGUUCCAGCUUUCAAAUCCUGGCAGGACGACAGCGAGAACGGCGAGGCCCAGCUCUCCCCACUUGCUGGCCGCAUGGUCCCCCUCCCGCUGCUGCCCCUGGAGGACGACGGCGAGGAGGACGUCAGGGAGGGAGGCCAGGUUGACUCCCCGUCGUCCUCGCGCACCCAUCCUCACAUUCUGGCACGGCGCUUCCUGGACUUCGGAGCGCACUGCACGCAGCGUUUCCUCCAGCAGGACCCAGACACCACCUCCCCCACUAAAGCGCCGAGGCCGAGGCGAGCGUCGUUUGGCUCCAGAGAGGCCAUGAGGGGAGAUUCAGUGACUCAUCAACUGACCAAGAAGCUUCAGCAUCUGAAGAAGAAAAUCAAGCAGUUUGAGGAGCAGUUUGAGAAGGAAAGGAACUAUAAGCCCUCUCAUGCAGACAAGGCAGCUAACCCCAAAGUCCUCAAAUGGAUGACCGAUCUGACUAAGAUCCGCAGGCAGAUUAAAGGACGCCAGCACCACCUUUUACCCAGAAGCACGCUGAGGCACCAGGCUUUGCUCCAUUCACACAGACGCCACCCUGCUCCCUCCUCCCCUUCCUCCUCCUCCUCUUCCUCUGUCUGCUCACCUCCCCAUCACAGUCCCACCCUCCCGCUCCACCCCUCCUCAGGCCUGAGCUCUAGACCGUAUGACCUCAAUGCCAAACACUGUGCGGAGAGCGAGCUCGGCCCACAGACCCGCCCUCGGAGCAACACUCUGCCCAAAAGCUUUGGGUCCACGCUGGAUCACAGCUCCCAUGAUGCAGAGGUCAAAGGUCCACGUCCCACCAGGGAGGAAACACUGGACCUGAUCCAGCGGAGGGUCAAAGGGAAGAGACAAGAGGACGGGUGGCCUGAUGACAUCAAGAAGAUGACCAAAGAACAGCUSUCCUGUGAGAAAAUGGUCCUCCAGAAGAACCUCCUGCACUAUGAAGGCCUGCACGGUCGACCGGUGACCAGAGAGGAGCGUCUGGGGGUGAAGCCUCUCUAUGAUCGCUACAGGCUGGUCAAACAGAUGCUCACCAGAGUCAGCAUCACACCCGUCACUGUUUCUCCUUCCAGCAAGAGGCGGAGCCAAACCCUGCAGCCAAUCAUCGAGGGCGAAACCGCUCAUUUCUGGGAGGAGAUCAAAGAAGAGGAGGAGGAGGAGCGGAAGGGUGGAGAGGACGAGGAGAGGGAGGAGGAGAAGGAUGAUGAGGAGGAAGAGGAGGAGGAGGAGGAAGGGGAGAGCAGCGGCGGAGAAAUGCAGAGCUCCGAGGUCAUCAUGGCCUUCGACGCCGUGACCCCGARGGGCGGCUCGGCGAACCCACCCGACGAGCGGAGCAAGAUGGAGGAGGGGUCGGGGAGGCUGGCUCUGGACCUGCGGCUGUCCAGCUCCAACGCAUCGUCCAUGCCAGAGCUGCUGGAACAGCUGUGGAAGGCCAGAGCAGAGAAGAAGAAACUGAGGAAGACCAUCCGGGAGUUUGAGGAAGAUUUUUAUCAGCAUAAUGGAAGGAACGUUCAGAAGGAGGACCGGGUGCCGAUGCUGGAGGAGUACAGAGAGUACAAGAGAGUCAAGGCCAAACUGCGCCUCCUGGAGGUCCUCAUCAGCAAACAAGAUUCCUCCAAAUCCAUCUAGCUCCUCCGACAAUAACCGCUACGAUCGCACACAUCGGCCGUCACCACUGCAGCACGUCCCCCCAAACACCACCACCUUCACCUCCUCAUGGUUUGCUGCCGUCACGUCAUGCUCAAAGACUUCAAACUGCAACUAAAAGACAAGAUCCAAACACGUGAUUUUAACUAACAAAGCUAUUUUUCACCUAAUCAGAGUUUUAAAACGUGGCGUUUCAGUGUGUUUUCAUUUUUCAUGACGUGACCGCAGAGUCUGAACUGUGAGCCUGUGAUCCCUGCAGCAGCUCACCACGGAGGGAAACCGUCACUGUUCGUCGAGACUUCUCACUGCUGCCACGUGUGGACGUUCACUUUGUUUUUUCACAGGAAGAAAGGAAACAUGUUUAUGUUUGGACUUUAUUUACCACAUGUCUCAUUGGACAGCUCAAGGACUGUUAUUUUACAUCAUGACACUUUUUUUUAUUUGGCUUUUUUCACGUAGUGUAAAGUUUUGUUUUAUUUUAACAAYUUAGCGCCAUCACGUUUGGUUUUAAACAUGAGUGAACUGAGGUGUUGGAGACAUCUUCCUGAAUGGAAACCUUUAUUUCUCUCAUUGCUAAAGCGGACAGCACUUAAAAUCAACUUUAUUCUAAUCCGCAAACYUUUUCCUCAUCUUUGAAUCUCGAAGCGUUUUUCGUCUGCGGACAACAAGUCGGAUCAGUUGUGGCAGAAACUGACGAGGUCACUGAUUGAUUUAAAUCUGCCGGCACUGAUUUUUACCACAGAGAGGGGAGACGCUGUUUUAACCUGAUCUGAUUUCCUGACAGCAGGUGACUCAUUGAAAGUCUGAAGGUUCAGCACAUUCAACAAGCUUGUUUUUUGUUGUUUAUUAUUUUUUAUUUUGCAUUUCUAGGUGAAGCUGUUUUUAACCUAAACGACAGACUGUUGAUGCGUCACUGUGGAUGUUUUUUAAAGAAGCUGUUUGAUGUUCGCGGCUGAACGAGACGAAGCAGCGGUUUAUUUUGCUGCGUCGAUGGUGUGACUGCGAUGGUUGAAACACAAGCUACGAAUGAGAAAAAAGUUUCUGAAUAUUUGUGGAAAGGGACGGGGGAGCUGUGUCUGCUAGUGAGGCCGUUAAGUUUGAUGUAAAAAGAUGUUAUUUGCACAGGGUUCACAGAAUGCAGCCCUUCACUUUGUUUCCCCCCCAUUUGUAUUUGUAGAAAUUAAGCACUACUUCUAUACAAAUAUAAAUAUCCUGUAUAUACAUUAAAAAAAUGAAUGUCAAGACAUGUUUAAAUUAUUUCAAACAUCACGUUUGCUCCCCUUUUGGUUACAUUUGUGAUAACCCGAGAAUGUGUUUUGUAUUGUCAUUAUAAACGUGGCUAAUUCUAUUAUUUCGUGUGUAAAAACAUUAACAAACCUUUUGUAUGGACUGACUAAAACCAGCCGUAGGUGUUUUCAGUCUCUCACCUGAACCUGCUCUGUAAUAUAAGCUAACCUAGAAGCAGUACUGUAGUGAGCUUGCAUGGCAGCAGAGAACAUAAUCGUYCGUAAAGCAGAACAUUUUCAUUGUUUGUGCCAUGAGAAGAAGCAAUAAGAAAAGUUUGUGUCGACGGUUUUAACAGGUGAGUUGUUAAAAUGACUCUGGUGUGAUUUAAGUUACACUAUAUAUGUUUAUUUUUUAAACUCUAAAUCGCUCUCCUCUCGUGUUUUUGCCACUGCAUCGUUGGUGCACUGCUGAAAACCAAAAUGUUACAAAACCAUGAAGGCGGCAGGGAUUGAAAAGCCAACGACGGACGUCUGAAAACAUUCCAGUUUUUUUUUUAAGUGGAAACUGUCUGUUUGCUCGUCUCCUUACUUUUUACUCGUUUGGCGCCUCAGUUUCUGAUACUGUGUGGAAACAUAACGAUUUAGUUUAUUUUUUUUAAUCUCCAGCAGAGUGGUAAACUUCKCAUGUAGUUCUCAUGUUGUAACCUGUAAAUGUUUGUUUUUGUCUUUGRUGGUGUACACGAUGCUUUAAACUUACCAUCCCCGAGGAAUUUCCAGCACAAGUUCUCAAAGAUGUCUUCAGAGUCAGAGCUGAAACAAACAGUAACAUUGAGGGGCAAAAAAAGUACUUUUAAUAAAGAGUAAUUAAAAUUAAAAUCAUUUUUUUUCUUCAAACAACCUUUAAGACAUCUUUGGGGGUUUUUGCUUCAGGUUCCUCGUCUGUGUUUUCUGGUCACAUGUAACUUCAUUUUAGUCACACCAGUAUUGUGGAUGCAUCUAUAAAUGUUUUAUUACUU